UAUCGAGGGAUCGGGCGUGAUAGAUUCUAGAAUAUAAUUUCUAAGUAAUAGUUAAUUUAAGUUUUCAAAGAAUGUGGGACGACUUUAUAGACUAUUUAAAAGACCCUUUGUUGGUCAUCAAAGUGCAGAACUUUUUUGGAGUUAUAUACAAGAACAGUGUUCGGGACAACGAAGGUAGUGGUGAAGUCAUACAUUCAGAGAGGUUGGAACGUGAGAAGGAUAAUGACAGUGAUAUAAGGCAGCACAAACGGGCGCUCAGCAACAUCUCCAGCAGUUCUCAAACCUCAUACGAUACGGAUACUUCCGGCGAGAGCGUGGAGGAGGUCGAGUGCCAUAUCAACAACAAGUUCUGGUACUGGCUAUUUGUACUCGGUACUGCACUCGGGGAUGAGAUAUUCUAUGCUACAUUUAUACCCUUUUGGUUCUGGAAUAUUGAUGGUGCGGUCGGCAGGAGAGUCAUACUUGUCUGGACUGUUUGUAUGUACCUAGGACAAGGUGUGAAAGACAUAAUCCGGUGGCCCCGGCCUGGAUACCCGGUCAAGAAGCUGCAGACCAAAUGGGCCAUUGAGUAUGGCAUGCCAUCUACACAUGCAAUGGUCGGAGUUUCAAUUCCAUUCUCCGUGCUGCUGUAUACUAUGGACAGAUACGAGUACCCGGUUCACUGGGGUGCCUUGAUUGCCGUCUCGUGGUGUACACUUAUCUGCGUCAGUCGCGUGUAUCUUGGCAUGCACAGCGUUCUGGACAUAGCAGCGGGCCUGCUCAUGGCUUCAGGACUGCUAGUGCUCCUGAUACCUAUGGUGGACGCGCUGGACGACUGGCUGCUCACGCACUGGCUGUCCCCUGCGGUGGUGCUGGCCGUCUCUGUGCUGGUCAUCGUGUACCACCCCAACGCGGACAAGUGGACGCCCACCAGAGGCGACACGACCAUGAUCGUGAGCGUGUGCGCGGGCAUCCUCACGGGCUCCUGGACCAACUACCAGCUCGGCAACAUGGCGCCCGCCUCCACCCCUCCCCCCUACACCAUCAUCUGGCCCUCCAUCGACAUGCUCGGCAACACCAUCCUCAGAACCAUCCUCGGCUUCUGCGGCGUGCUAGCCACCAGGGCCAUAGGUAAAUCAGUCUCUUAUGCAUUCAUCUGCGCUUUACUAGGAAAGGAUAAAAACGAAUUAAGAAACUCGGAGAACAGUCUAGAUAAUAAAAAUAAAAUAAUCGUAGAAUUAUGCUACAAGUACUUCACGUAUGGCAUGAUAGGUUUUAACACGGUCUUCGUUUUCCCGAAUGUGUUCUACUUGCUUAGAAUUAAUAGGCCGACGUAUUAUACUGAGAUUUGAUACUAGUCGUUUCUUUUAUUUCCGACAUUCCAUUUGAGGCCUUUAAAUCGGGGUUUUCCGUGUUCAUAUUAUA